AUGCUGAUCGCGGACUGGCUGCCACCCGCCCACCUGCGCGCUCUCAGCCGAGUCUCGUCGAGAUUAUAUUCAGUUUUGGUUCCUCACAUCUACCGUACCAUUGCAUUCCACGCAGCAAGUGAGUGGGCGCUGAACGUUUUGGAUGUCGACUCCUUCUUUCUCCACCUCGCUCCAUUUCAUCUCGUCCGGUUUAAUCGAUGUGCAUAUUACAACAUCUUUCGCGCGGCGGGGCUGACGGAGUCUCCGACCACAUUGGGAGCUUCGGACGAGGCGACGCCACAUCAGCAAUUUUUGGACGACGUGAAGGAUCAAUUGCAGCUGGUAUUCACCCAUUUGAAGCCCAAUAGCCUGAGCACUUUUGAAUGGCGGCUUGGGACACGUGUCCCGAUGGGAGUUCUCGAUCAGGGAGGCUAUCUCAGCCGGUAUCAACAACGCCUCUCCCGUCUCUCACUCGUCACGGAUGGUACCUGUCCUCAGACAUGGCACCGUCUGGAAGGGCUGUCCGAACUAUCGAGUCUGACGGCCUUCGAGUGGGAAGGAAUCCAGCAUCAGACCGAGGUUGAUUUGCUGCGACAGUGCAUCCGUCACAAUUGGAGCCAUCUCGAUCACCUAUCCAUCGGCUUUGUUUAUUCCGCUUCCGCCCGUGCUCUGUGCUGGGAGAGCCUUGGGCUGCAAGGGCCGGAGCUUGGGGUCGGGUAUCCAGGGGUCGAAAAGCCGGCAGCUGUUCCGACCCUGUCAACCCUAGCACUGUCGAAGGUGACCCUUCCCCCGGAUCUUUCAUCGGAGAACAGUUCAAUAUUCUGCUCCCUACGAGCGCUUACGCUGCGGGACUGCCCGAAUCAGCUGUGUCUCUUGCAGUUGCUGUCUCGGUCCCAAAAGCCGCUGCAACUCGAGCACUUUGAAACCUCUUUUGAUUUCCUACUGCACGAAACGGGCGAGGGGCGUAGCCUCUCUUCGGUUGUGCGGUUCCUGCGUUCGUUUCGUGGGCUGCAGCAUCUGCAUCUGAGGUUGUCCAAUUUUCCGGCGUCGGAGUCUCGCAUCCAGGACGCCAUAAAACACCACCAAACCACGUUGAAAAGCCUUGUCUACCAUGAGCGCCAACUCGCCCCCAUCGACGAGGAAGGUUUGUUUGAGGAUGAUCGGGAUGUGUCGCCCGUGUGGAUUGCAAAUUUGUCAACCAUUGUGGAUCUGGGCCAGGUGACUGCUUUGGCACUGUGUGCAAGACCAUCUGCCACUCGGCGGUGCCUUCGACCCACGGCGGAGCAUUCCCAGCUUCGGCUUUUACAUUUGCGGUUUAGCGGUCCCGAGGGAAUCCAUCGAGAUAUUCAACGAGAGAUUGUCACCUUCCUCCAUGAAACGCGCAAACCGUAUUCACGGGACCCUCGUUCGCGCUGGGGUCCCGUGGACCAGGAUGUCUCCAGCGAUAAUAAUGACUAUGAUAGUAUUCUCAACGCGUACUAUGAUAGGUCGCCCCUCGAGUGUAUGGAUUUUCAGGAGGCAGUGCUCGAGUCAUCUGCAGCAAUAGCAGAGGCCGAGGAUUUUGUGUCAUUUGCCGAAUGGGCGUUUGGCCCAGGUGGACUGCCGGCUCUGCAGGUCCUUGCGUUCGGCGACUUCUCUCGCGGUGAUCAGUAUAGGGGGCAGCAGUUUUUGAUGCGACGUUCUUAUCCUGCGUGGGAGAGUGACGGCAAGGGUCUCGCCGGCGUCACGUGCGACGAUACGACGCGGCUACCUUUCUGUCCGGCAGAUACGGCUGAUCCUUCGAUUUGGGAUGGUGUUUCGGUGGACGGAGCUCGGUUUCUGUCCGCAUGUCCAGGAGGCGGAUUGAUAGAGUCACCGUAUGAGCCGUAG